AUGCAGUCCCUUUCACACCUUCCAGCUGCAGCUCUAACUUCUCACGUUUCUGCUGAUCAGUUCCAAGUGUUGACUGUGGAAGUGCACCAGGUGGCGGAGCGGGUGGAGGCUCUGGGGCAGUUUGUCAUGAAGACCAGGAGGACCCUCAAAGGCCACGGGAACAAAGUACUCUGCAUGGACUGGUGUAAAGAUAAAAGGAGGAUCGUGAGCUCAUCUCAGGAUGGGAAGGUGAUCGUGUGGGAUUCCUUCACAACUAACAAGGAGCACGCAGUCACUAUGCCUUGCACGUGGGUGAUGGCAUGUGCAUAUGCCCCGUCGGGAUGCGCCAUCGCGUGUGGUGGUUUGGAUAAUAAGUGUUCUGUGUAUCCACUGACGUUUGACAAAAAUGAAAACAUGGCUGCCAAAAAGAAGUCUGUUGCCAUGCACACCAACUACCUGUCAGCCUGCAGCUUCACCAACUCUGACAUGCAGAUCCUGACGGCGAGCGGUGAUGGGACGUGUGCCCUGUGGGACGUGGAGAGUGGGCAGCUGCUGCAGAGUUUCCAUGGGCACGGGGCCGACGUGCUCUGCUUGGACCUGGCCCCCUCAGAAACAGGAAACACCUUCGUGUCUGGGGGAUGUGACAAGAAAGCCAUGGUGUGGGACAUGCGCUCCGGCCAGUGCGUGCAGGCCUUUGAAACACAUGAAUCUGACAUCAACAGUGUCCGAUACUACCCUAGUGGAGAUGCCUUUGCCUCAGGAUCAGAUGACGCUACGUGUCGCCUCUAUGACCUCCGGGCAGACAGGGAGGUCGCCAUCUAUUCCAAAGAAAGUAUCAUAUUCGGAGCAUCCAGCGUGGACUUCUCCCUCAGUGGUCGACUGCUGUUUGCUGGCUACAACGAUUAUACCAUCAAUGUCUGGGAUGUUCUCAAGGGGUCCCGCGUCUCCAUCCUGUUUGGACAUGAAAACCGUGUUAGUACUCUACGAGUUUCCCCUGAUGGGACUGCUUUUUGCUCAGGAUCAUGGGAUCAUACCCUAAGAGUCUGGGCUUAAUUGCCUCCUCAAAUUGCACACAUAGGUAUCUGAGGAUAGAAUUUGAAAUCGUCAUAUGUAAAUAGAUCUUACUUCUAGAGGAUCUGAGAGUUUACUGCACCUUAGCUUAAGGGAGCAACUCCAUGGCUGAAAGUUUACCAAGCAUCUUCAAUAUUACUGUUAAAACUGCCACCCAUGGAAAAGUACCACUGUGAGCCUUCAGCGCUAGGAGAACAUCUUCAAGUACAGUGUUUUUCAUUUUGAACACUUUUUAAAAUUUAUUCGUUUUAAAGGUUAUUGUCAAUUAUACUAGUCUUGACUCAUUCUAUUACCAACAGAAUUCAGCAUUUAAUAUAGUCCGUAUUAUUUCCUUGAAUCAAAUUUAUUUUCAGAGCACUUUAAAAUCUGAUUUUUCAAGGUAUGCGCUGAAUAAGUAUCCUCUAGAAGUGAUUUUAGUGGACUGUAUGAGAAAGACUGUGUUGAUUGAUAUUCAAUAGAAGAAAGUUCCAAUUCUAGAUGUAAUUAGACAAAAUCACUUUUUUAAAAUGUAUUUUUAUUGUAAAAAUAUCUUUUUCAGUCCUGCAUCAUAUUGUGGGUUUUUUUGUUUGUUUUUUCAGCUAAAACAUGUGAACUGUUAUAAAGGAAGCAGAGAUAUGCAUAAAAUGGACAGAUUGUGUGUUUACAAAUUUUGUGAUGAUGUGAUAUAUCACUGUUAUUACAUGGACAGAACGUUUUCUUUUGAGGGAAAAGCUGAAUGCUGUUCAUGACACAGAUGCUUCUCAGAGCAACCAAAACCUUUCUAUGUGGAAACACAAGACAGUAAACUUAUUUAAAAACCUAUUACUGGUAUUAGACAUAUUAGGGUUAAUAGUAUCAACUCAGCCUAAUGUGGAUCUUGUCCAUGUCAAUUAUAUUCAUAUUUAUUGUGUUAUGAAUAUAAUUACAUAUACACAUUAUUUGCUAGGUCUCAAACAAUAAUAUUUCUCUUAUAUUGAGAAAAAAUAGCAUAAAAGAUAUCUUGUCUUUAUUUGAUAUCAGCAAUUCCUUCAAGAAGAUACUGAGGUCAUUUGUUAAAGGAUCCCUUCUUUUCCUUUUCUUUUUCUUUGUUUUUAAAUGUGUAGAGGCUUAUUUUUUGUUUUAGAAAAUUCCUCAUUCAUAAAGAUGGUAUGCAUUACUUAGGGAAAUAAAAUGUCACCUCGGACACCAAAAAUUGUUCCUAGGUGAGGCUUGCCCUGUGGGUGGCCUGGGGUCUGACAGGCCAGGUCCUGUGGUGCCCGAGGGCUGUUUAUAAUGAAUCCCCUGGAUUGUCCCGUCUCUUCUCGCAUCCCUGCUGUAGCCUGCCCUUCUCCCAGUGGUAGUUCUGGCUUUGCAGGUCCAGCCUCAGGUCCUGUUGCUCAGGCUCUUCCAGAGCUGGAACCCACACAGCCUUCAGACAGGCCUGGUAGACCUGGCUGGCACUCCUGUAAACCUCAGGGGGUGUACCAGGACCACCCUCAAAACUACUUGGUCAGGUAUCAUAAUGGACCAGUCAGUCAAAAAUCGGCCAAGACACAUUUUCUGUCAAUUCUUUUUAAAUAAACAAAAUGGUUAUAUUCAGCUAUUUGCCAAGCAAACAUUUACUGAAAGUUUUACUAUACAGCAGGCCCUGGGGUAGAAAGAGAAAUAUAAAAGACCCUUGCUUGCCUCCAAAAAACCCAGAGGGAAGAAGGGAACAUGGUCCAGAGAGACCAUUUUUCAGUCACCUUCUUCCCCUUCCCCCAGUGGAUUUGUCCGGGCAGGGGCUCGGGAAAUAUGCACAGCUCCUGGUCCACCCAACUCCUGCCAGCUGCUGAAGGGAACAGGCCCCACAGUGUGUCCCAUGGAGUUCCCGAGCUCUGCUCCCAGAACAUCCCAGAGUUUGCUCCUGGUCUCCUAGUUACAGCAUCCUGUUCCCACUCUCUCACACACCCUUUCGUGUCUCUGCACUCUGACCUGGGCCUCCCAGAAGUGAAGGAAGACAGGGCAAAGAAAAAGUCACCUAGACUGAGGGGAAGGAAACUCAGGCUUACAUGUUUGGAGAGGCAGAGAGCGUCUUCUAUAUAUAUCCAAAAUAGCCCAUAACUUUCCAAUCAAAUAAGUGACCAUAAGGGUCAUAUGAAAAUAUUCCGUGGAACAUUCUUACCCCCAUGGGCAGUAAGCCACCUCCCCUCUAAGUAUUUCAUCUCACAGAGGGUGUUAUUUCAAUUCAUUUAUUAAAUACUUGGUUGGGAAUAUACUACACCAUGUAGAGACUCAAGGGUAAACUCCAAGUAAUAAAUUGUAUUUUGCAUAUUGAAAAUAA